AUGGCGACUUGGGCGUUCGCUUUGACAAGGGUGUCAAUUUUGCUAAGCCUGCCUCAGUUGAGCAGUGGCUUUGACAUCGAUGGCUGCACCAGCAUUAUCGUGGAUGGUGGUGCCAUGGUGGAUGGAUCUUCCGUCACCUCGCAUGCCAACGACUGUCAAGACUGCGACUGGCGCAUGGUCUAUGUUCCUGCCAAGGACCACCCUGCUGGAUCCGAGAGGGUCAUCUACGAUGCCGUUUGGAGUCAAUAUCCCAGAAUCGUGGAUCCAUCACGUUCGAGCCAGUACCAUGCCGCAGCAGGCAUUGAUUCCUCUGCCGUGCUUGGCCGCAUCCCGCAGGUCAAGCAUACCUAUGCGAUGUGGGAGGGGAGCUACGGCUUCAUGAAUGAGCAUGGCCUCGGCAUGGGUGAGUCAACGUGUGCCGCCUACCUGGUCGGCAAAGGGAUUGCAGAUGGUGGCGAUGCGUUGUUCUCCAUCGGCAACCUGAUGGCCAUUGCAAUGGAGAGAUGCCAAUCUGCCCGCUGUGCGAUCAGGACUAUGGGUGAGCUGGGUAGCAAGUAUGGCUUCUACGGGGAGGAUCCGGGCAUGGGCGGCGCUGGCGAGGCGGUGACGCUGGUGGAUCGCAGUGGUGAAGCCUGGGUCUUUCACAUUUGCGGAGGCGUGCCAAGCAAUGAUACCAAAGCCGCCUGGGCUGGACAGCGUGGAGCCGUGUGGGUGGCCCAGCGUGUUCCUCGCGGACAUGUAGCAGUGAUCGCCAAUAGCAACAUCAUUCGUGAAGUGGAUGUCGAUGACACGGAGAACUUCAUGGCGCAUCCAGGCUUGUUGGACCUGCUUCAGGAGGCCAAGCUUUGGGAUGGCAAGGGCCGUUUGGACUGGCAAAAGGCAGUCCAGCCUGACAUGGCGACGUUUAGCUACUUCCCUGGGCAGGCGCCGAUUCCGAUGUAUUCUACCAUACGUAUGUGGGGAGUCCUGCGCAAGGCUGCGCCCAGUGCAGGGCUUGAGGCAACUCCAGAUUUGAGCUCAUUUCCUUUCUCAGUGCCAGUGGAUGGCAAAGCAUCGAUUCUGGAUGUCAUGAACUGGUUCCGCACGCACUAUGAGGGCACAGAAUUUGACAUGCGAUAUGGCAGCUUGGCUGGCCCCUGGCAAACUCCUUUUCGAAUGGAAGGCGGCAGCGGAAUGAACUCGGUGCCGGGGCAAUUUGCCCGAUCUACAUCCAUCUCGCGAACGUCCUACACCGUGAUCUCCCAGUCCGGCAUUUCCCAACCUCGCGUCUGGUUUGCCCCGGAUGCAUCAGCAACUUCCGUUUUCGUGCCGUUCUUUGCUUCUUCGCUGAGCGCGGGGGGCAAGUUUGAUAUGGAAGCUUAUGGGACUGGCUCGAUGAAAUCCGUCGGCUUUUUGUCCAAACCUGGAACUCUGCAGCCCGCGUGGUGGGCUCAUGACUUUGUGGCCAAUUGGAUGAACCUUUGCUACCAGAACAUGUCUGAGCAGUAUGUGUAUCCUGCGAGGGACUCCUUGCAGCGGACAGUUGUCGCAGCGGUGGAGACGGGUACGAAGCAUUCGGACAAUGUACAUGACCUUACCGAGCUGGCAAGUCGUCUUCAGCGAAACGUCACGGAGGAGUGGUGGCAGUUGGCAGAGAAACUUGUGGUCAGAUACAAUGAUGGCUAUUUUAAUUUCCCGGAGGCCACACCAACUACCGUCGCAAGCAUAGGAUAUCCUGCAUUCUGGCUGGAGAUGAUUGGCUUCGACCAAGAGUUUUACAGGCCCCAUUGGUUCAAGCAAUCUCCGGAGCCACCCUCGCUGCUGGCGGCUUCUGUGAAGGAGCAGCUGGGUGAUGCGUCUAAGGAUGGUACUGAGCACCACGGCAAUGACAUGAUGUCCAGGGCUUGGCCACUGCGUUGGCUUGGGGCGCUGGCUCUGGCUGUCCCGGUGUACCUUGCUGGCUACCGGCAAGGACAGCAGGCAGCCCGGUCUGACUCGUACAAGUUGAUGGCCUGA